UGAAGAUAAUGCUUUCUAGAUGUCCUCUGGGGAUCAAAUUUUCAAAUAUUUGAUUCAAAUAAUCUCCCAAUAAUUCUGGUGGAAUCUCAUCGUCGCUGUGAACGAUGAGUUCGACGGCGCCGUCGCCGGUGGUGGUUGCGGCUUCUCCUUCCGAUCAAUCACACAGUCUUCACAACGUUUUCGUCUAUGGAAGUCUCUUAGCCGAUGACGUCGUUCGCGUUCUUCUGAAGCGCAUUCCUCAGUCGUCUUCUGCGGUUCUCCAUGGCUACCAGAGAUUUAGCGUUAGAGGACGUGUGUAUCCAGCUAUUUUGCCUGUUGAGAAUAACAGAGUUACCGGAAAGGUUCUCUUCGGCAUCACGAAACCCGAACUGGAUAUUUUUGAUAUAUUUGAAGAUGUUGAAUAUGAAAGAAGCGUUGUUGAAGUUUCCUUGGCGGAUGGUUCAGAGAAAUUAUCAGCUCUUACUUAUGUUUGGAGCAACAACAGAGAUCCAGACCUCUUGUAUGGAGACUGGAAUUUCGAGGAAUGGAAACGGUCUUGUAUGGACGAUUUUGUACAAAUGACUGCUAGAUUUGUGGAAGAGUUGGAAUUACCUGAACCAAAGUCUGGAGUGGCAACUUAUGAAUCAUUCUACCAUAUAGAAGGAGACAUUGAAGAUGUUUUUCAGAGCGUCGUCCUGAGUUGUGAAAACGGUUGUCCAAACAUCUCCCGCAGGGACUCCAUGAUCUCACGGGCAAUUAUCAUGGGCUCAUGCUUUGUGGCCAAGACUUCAGAAAGUCUUGCCAAGAUAUACGCUCGAUUCUUCUCAUUUUCCCGUAUCCAACACUUAUAUGCCUCCCGAACGUUCCAAGGAGCAUUUUGUGCAAGAACAAGAGAAUAAUCCUCCAUAAGGACAAAUUUCAGGUCAUCGAUGAUUAAUACUGUGUUGAUUGUGUUUUUCCAUGUUGUGUAAUUUUCACCAAUAAGUUUGACGAUGGCAAGUAAGUUUAGUGUUAUGGAAUUCAUGAUGAAUUUGCUGAAACAUACAAUUUA